CCGUCUGGUCACGUCACGUAUCGCAAUGUCAGUAUAGAGACAACGCUCUAACAGGAAAGAUACACGCAUCUUUUACGUAGCAUCUUUCAACCAGUUUUAAUGACAAUUUGGUAGUAAUUAAUAUCAUGCUACCGAAGAUAGUGUCUUGCACGACGCUGUGUUACUUGGCCGUAGCCUCGUUACUCGUUGCGCUUCUGCUACUCCUGGCGGUGUACUUUUACGCGCAGUACACUUUGGGGAUUUGCAAGAGCAAAAAGAAAAUGGACGGGAAGACUGUGAUAAUCACUGGUUGCACUUCUGGUAUCGGGAAGGAGACCGCGAGAGACAUAGCGAGGAGAGGUGCUAGACUGAUCAUGGCCUGCCGAAAUAUGGAGGCCGCGAACAAAUUCAAAGAAGAACUAAUAAAAGAAUCUGGCAACAACAACAUAGUCGUCCGAAAGCUCGAUUUGUCGUCGCUUUCCUCGGUGAGAGAAUUCGCCCAACAAAUAAAUCGCGAGGAGAACAGGUUGGACGUGUUAAUUCACAAUGCUGGCACUGCAGAGGUGUUCAGGAAGAAAGUUACAGAGGACGGUUUGGAGAUGACUAUGGCAACGAAUCACUAUGGUCCAUUUUUGCUUACGCACCUCUUAAUCGAUCUGUUGAAGCGGUCGAAGCCAAGUCGCAUAGUUGUCGUCGCUUCAGGAUUGUACGUUCUAGCGAGAUUGAACUUGAACGAUGUAAAUCCAACGACAACCAUGCCUGGGUAUUUGUAUUACGUUUCUAAAUACGCGAAUAUCGUAUUCGCGUUGGAGUUGGCGCGACGUCUCGAAGGUUCCGGCGUGGCCGCCAAUUGUUUGCAUCCCGGACUAAUGAGCACCGGGAUCUGGAAGAACGUUCCUCCGCCAGUCUCGUGGGUGUUGAAUUUCAUACUGAACACGUUCUGUAAAACGCCUGUGCAAGGCGCCCAAACAACCAUACACGUUGCCGUUUCCGACGAGCUCGAUGGAACUUCUGGCAAAUACUUCUCGGAUUGUCACGAACAGGAACUCUUUCGCCACGUGAAGGACCCGUCAAAAGGCAAAAAGUUCUGGGAGCUUAGCGAAACGAUGGUGAAACUGCAACCAACGGAUCCAAAAAUUUAGAAUUUUCUUCUAUCUUUUUUUUACUCGCGUA